AUGCACAAUCGCUCAGAGUCUAGCGAGCCGCUCCUCUACGACUCCCCCUCGUCGCCCAGGACACCACGGUCGCCCACUUUCGGCCUCCCCACGACCAAGUCCUUCCUCGCUAAUGCCCCCUUACGCCGGCUCCUCGUCCUCGUCGCAUCUUUCGCCUCUAUUACCAUUCUCGUGAUUGCAUCCAUCUCCUUGCUAUCCGUAUCUUCACUUGCUGUCGAAUCCGCCACAAAUACCGACGCGCCCCAGUCCCAACUAGAGAUCCCUCAGUCUGAUGUCGACCUCUAUGACAACGCUACGACUUGGUACUCUCCGUAUGUCCUCGGCCCACCGACGGAGAGCUUCCGCGACAACCUACGCGACGAUGUGCAGUACAUUACAUCCUGGAUCUCGGCUGGUUGGACAAACGACGUCAUGACUUACAUGAACCUCAUCUACCUCGGCGUCAUUACCAGUCGCGUCUCUAUUGUUGGCAUGUUCACACCGUCCCAUGUCGUAGGAGGCGACAACGUACCAUUCGGCGAUGUGUUCGACGUGCCGCGUUUCAUUGACGAGUCUGGCAUUGAAAUCCUCGAAUGGAGGGAGGUCAAGGACCCCGAGAGCCAGGUCGUCGAUGACAUCGGCUGCUGGAAUGUUUGGGAGGUGUCACAGUCCGCGGAAGCGGUGCCCCGGGGAAGCUGGGUUCCCUUCCACCUUCGCUUAGCCCUCCCUCUAGAUAUAUCAUAUACCCGUGCUCCGGAAUGGGUGAAGUUGAUCCCGAACUUUAUUCAUAGCAGGACGGCCUCAUUCUGGCAAUUGGCGAGGCUUGCCUUCCGUGAGGAACUCGAACGCCCGGAGAACCUCCUGCCUCCGGACGAGCAUGUGGUCUGUUAUGAUUACCUAUACUAUGUCGUCGCACAAAGGGCAUGUUAUUCUGACGACGAGUUUGAACAUGACUUUGCCCCCGCUUGGCGGUUCGUCGGGAAGCACAUGCACUGGGUUCCGGAGCUUCAAGAACUGACCUACGUCUAUGUGCGACGUGCUCUCGGUCUCGCAGAAGAUGCUGAGGUUCCUCCUUACAUUGCCAUUCACCAACGUCACGGUGACUUCAAGAACUGGUGCCCUGACCCCGAUAACACAGAGGAUUGCUUCGCCCCGAUCUCCGCCAUUGCACGGCGCGUUCGGGAAAUUCAGGAUGAGCUCAGGGCGCGCAAGGGCAUCGAGGUCCCAGACACCCAUGUGAUCCUUACCAGCGAUGAAACAGACCAAGCUUGGUGGGACGAGGUGACAGCCCUCGGCUGGGUCAAGAUUGACCACGAUGCCUGGGAGACUGAGCAGAACUACGGGAAAUGGUAUCCUGUCUUCCUCGACGCAGCUAUCCACUCAAGCGCCACGGGCUUUGUCGGCACGGAUCGCUCGACGUAUUCGACAGUGUCCCGACGACGGGUGGAGGACUGGCAGGACGGCGCAACUCGUACGAUCAAGUGGGGCUACAAGGGUGCUGAUGACCACUCUUAA